CAGUCCAUAAUCUUCAAUACUAGUCUUUCACAUUUCUUCUUCUUCUUCAAUUCAGAGAUCCGAAUUCCAGAAUCGUAUCAGCUAAAAGUUGAUAUCGGAAUUACAGUUGAAUCGUGAAGAAGAAGAGGAAAUCCUCAUCACUUCCAGUGAUUUUUAGAAAUGGAAAUGGAGUUAGAGCCUAGGGUGAAGCCUCUGUCAUUCAAAGUCAAAGGAGUUUCUCGAGAAUCGCCGUCUCAGAAAGCAACGCAUAUCCUCGACGCCGACUUGAAGAACCAUUGGUCUACCGGUACUAAUACCAAGGAGUGGAUCCUCUUGGAACUUGAUGAACCUUGCCUGUUGUCGCUGAUUAGAAUCCAUAAUAAGUCUGUUUUGGAGUGGGAAGUUGCAGCUGGCUUGCGGUAUAAGCCAGAGACAUUUGUAAAAGUUCGCCCACGAUGUGAAGCACCUCGGAGAGACAUGUCAUAUCCAAUGAACUAUACUCCAUGCCGCUAUGUACGAAUAUCUUGUUUGCGGGGAAAUCCAAUAGCUGUUUUCUUUAUCCAGUUGAUCGGUAUUUCAGUUCCGGGUCUUGAACCUGAGUUUCAACCAGUUUUUAAUCACCUAUUGCCGAAAAUUAUAUCUCACAAACAGGACUCGCAUGAUAAACAUCUUCAGUUGCUUCAAGACAUGACACAACGCUUGGCGGUGUUUCUUCCCCAGCUUGAGACAGAUCUUAACAGCUUCCAGGAUUCUUUUGAUACUACUUUUUGCUUUCUUGCCAUGCUUUCUACUCAAUUUUAUCCAAUUCUUCAUUUAGUCAAGGAAAGGGAAAGUGCUAGAUUGUCAGGAAGUGGAGUGGACCCUGAAGCCUCUAAAGUUAAUCAACCCUCAUCAGCUCUAACAGUUUCCUCAAAUUUUGAGCCAAGGAGAUCACGUAGUAUGUCACCUUUAGCCACUUCUGUCAUUUUCCGGCCUGAUGCUAUCUUCACACUAUUAAAGAAGGCAUAUAAAGAUCCCCAUUUGGGAUUUGUUUGCAAAAUGGCUGCAGGUCUUCUACUGAAGCUGAUAGGCACCGAACCGCAUCAAGAAGAUUCUUCUAGUUUUCCAGAGGCCAUAUCUUCAGAUGAGCCUUCUAAGUUUGAACUAUCGAAUGCUCCAAUUAUAGUUGAUUACUCAAGCUUGCUUGGUGAUGAAUUCCAACUUCCUGAGAUUUGGCUAGAUCCCAGCUAUCUUAAUGUUCUAGACAUUGGAGCGGUUGAGGAAGCAAUGAUACAUGUUCUCUAUGCUUGUGCAUCACAGCCUAUUCUCUGUAGCAAGUUGGCUGAUAACUCUUCUAACCUCUGGUCUGUGCUUCCACUUCUACAAGCAUUACUUCCUGCACUUCGUCCUAAUUUUAGCACCCAAGAUCAUGUUGAUGAAACGUUCUUGCAAUGGAAGCAACCAUAUGUCCAGCAUGCUUUAUCCCAGAUUGUGGCCACCACGUCGUCUUCUGUUUACCGGCCAUUGCUUCAUGCUUGUGCCGGCUACUUGUCGUCAUUUUCCCCAUCACAUGCGAAGGCUGCUUGUGUUCUCAUUGAUCUUUGUUCUGGCGUGCUGGCUCCAUGGAUAGCUCAAGUGAUUGCAAAGGUAGACUUGGCCGUUGAGCUUCUGGAAGAUCUUUUAGGUGUUAUUCAGGGUGUUCAUCAUUCUAUGGCACGUGCUCGUGCAGCCCUCAAUUACAUUGUGUUGGCUUUAUCAGGGCAGAUGGAUGAUAUAAUUGCAAAAUAUCGGGAUUUCAAACACCGGUUACUCUUUCUGGUGGAGAUGCUAGAGCCAUUUCUUGAACCAUCUUUGACCCCCUUAAAGAAGAUUAUUCCAUUUGGGAACGUAUCUUCAGUUUUCCAGGAAUACAAUUGUGAAGUUGCACUCAAGAUCAUCCACAGAGCAGUGAGGAAGCCUGCUGUUCUUCCUUCACUGGAAUAUGAAUGGAGGCGUGGAUCAGUUGCACCUAGUGUACUGCUCUCAAUAUUGGAACCACACAUGGAGCUACCAUCUGAAAUUGACCGCUGCAAGCACUCUGGUUCUGAGUUGGAGCGUUUCCCAGUCACCUCUUCUAAGAGUAACAGCCAAGACGAUGCUGAUGGAAAGACAGAUAUAUCUUUAACUGCUGUGAAAAUGGAUGUUAUAGAAGAUGCCGCUCUCUUUUUUGCCCCAUCAGAACUGAACAACAUAUCACUAAGUUCUCUUACCGGCAGUCCUACUCAUAAAAAUUUGGAUGCAAAAGAUGAAAAUGCAGAUUCAGAGAAAAACGACAUUCAAAAGGAUUUAGAUAAAGUAGCUCAGAAUGGGUUUAUGCUGGAGAGUAGUCCACUUUCUCUUGAUUGGUCUAACCUGUAUUUUGAUCACAUACAACUUAUGAACUUUAGAGAUUGUGAGUUGAGGGCUUCUGGAUUUCGGCGUUUGGCCUUAGAUUUGCACUCGGAGCCCGAAAUUACUUCUGAAAGUCAUAAUGCUGCAAUAGAUGCUUUGCUCUUGGCUGCUGAAUGUUAUGUUAAUCCCUUCUUCAUGACAUCCUUCAGAGAAAAUAAAGAAUUCAAGAAUAUGAAAAGAAGUCAACCAAAUAUUGCUGGAAACUUUGAAUUUACAGAUCAGGGUAGGAUCUUGGAGAAAAACGGGAAUCUCUUGGAAACAGUUGCUCAUCUUGAAAGCCAAAGGGACAAAAUUGUUCUCCAGAUUCUUCUUGAAGCUGCCAAAUUAGACGGAAAAUAUCAGAAAAUAGCUGAAGAUGACCAAACAUGUCCACUUUAUACUGAAGAAAAUGAGGAGUUUAUAAGUUUGUCUCAGCAUGAUGAUUUAUCUAUGGAUGCUCUUACUUUGGUUCGGCAAAAUCAGUCACUUCUGUGCAGUUUUAUAGUCCAGCGAUUGCAAAAGGAAGAACAAUCAAUGCAUGAAAUUCUCUUGCAAUGUCUUUUGUUUUUGUUACAGUCAGCAACCAAGCUAUCAUGCUCACCUGAACUUGUAAUUGACAUCAUAUUAAUUUCUGCGGGGCACUUCAAUGGACUGUUAACUUCUUAUUACCAAUUGAAGGAAGGAAAGGAGGGGAAGUUAAAUUCAGAGAAGAUGCAUCUAUUACGUCGCAGGUGGAUGCUUCUUCAGCGGUUGGUAAAAGCUGCAAGUGGUGGUAAUGAUGAGGGGCUUGGAUUGUCUAUCAAUAACAAUUUUCGUUUUGCAAAUUUAAUUCCUUCAUCAGCUUGGAUGCAGAAAAUUCCUACUUUCUCGUCUUCUACCUUUCCCCUGGUCAGGUUUUUUGGUUGGAUGGCAGUGGCUCGUAAUGCAAAAUUGUAUCUUAAGGAAAAACUCUUCCUUGCGUCAGAACUAUCACAGUUAACAAAGUUGUUGACUAUAUACACUGAUGAUCUUGCUCUAGGUGAUUGCAUUGUUGAACAAAACGAUAAGAAAAUAAAUGGAGAUUUGCAUGCGAAAGAAUCUAACGUCCUUGAGAAAGCUUCUGAGCUGAAUAACCAACAGCAUCUAGACCUGUCUUUUCGUGUUGUAUACCCUGACAUUAGUCAUUUCAUUCCAGACAUGAAAAAACAGUUUGAAGGUUUUGAGGAAAGCAUCCUGGAGGCUGUUAGUUUACAGCUGAGAUCUUUUUCCUCUGCUGCUGUGCCAGAUCUCUUGUGUUGGUUCUCUGACUUAUGUUUGUGUUCCUUUAUUCAGAAAGAGAAGGGCUUAUCUGUAAGUCCAAACAAGUCCAUCUGCUUUAUGGGUUUAGCUGGAAGGAAUGCCAAAGCUAUAAUCCUAUAUAUACUUGAAGCCAUGGUGAUGGAACAUAUGGAGGCAAUGGUGCUUGAGGUUCCUAGAGUGGUACAGGUACUUGUUGCACUUUGUAGAAGCACAAUCUGUGAUGUCUUGUUUUUGGAUUCUGUAUUGCGAUUGUUAAAGCCUAUCAUAUCGUAUUCUCUACAUAAGGUGUCCCAUGAGGAAAAGCUAUUGACUGACAGCAGCUGCAAUUUUGAGUCUUUAUGCUUUAAUGAGCUAUUUAUUGACCUUAGACACAAUGACUCGGAUAAAGGUACUCCACUGGAAAAAGAAAAUAACAGAGCCUUGGCGAUUUUUGUUCUCGGUUCUGUUUUCCCCGAUUUGUCAUUCCAAUGUAAAAGAGAUAUUUUGCAGUAUUUGAUCAAAUGGGCGGAUUUUGCUAUAUUUGAGCCAACAAGUUAUUUUAAUGAUUAUCUGCGCGCAUUUCAGACUAUUAUGGAAAGUUGCAAAAUAUUGCUAAUUGACACAAUAAGAGUACAUCAUCCUGUAAUGACUGAUAAUGUUGCAGAAUCACGAUCAUGUUUUCUGAUUGAUAUCUGUCGCUCUUGUCCGAUUGUGGUGCCUGAGCAUGAAGAGGAUAAAAUCGUCGAUCAAAGAGUUUCUCCUUUAUCCGUGGAAGAAAUAGAGCUCUUUUCAAAUGACUUGGAGAAUCUGAUUUUGAAGCUCUAUCCAACGAUUGAGCGAUGUUGGAUGCUUCAUCACCAAUUAGCUUGCAAGCUGACUCUGGAGCUAGCCCAUUGCUUUAUUUAUUCAAAAUGUUUAGCUUCAUUUAUAGGUGACAAUUUAGCUGUUGACAGGUUUCCUGACUACUGGAGAAUGUCCCUCAAAGGAUUUUGUGAAACUGUUUUGAUUUUGCAGCAAACCCAUUGCUGGGAAGUUGCGUCAACGAAUCUUAAUUGUGUACUAACAGUGCCUUGUUCUUUAUGUUUGGGAAAUAUGUUUGGCACUAUAACGUCUGCUAUUAAAAACUUUUCCUAUAACGCACCAAGAUUUUCAUGGAGAGUGCAGACUGAUAAGUGGUUGUUGUCAUUAUUAGAAAGAGGUAUCCAUAGCGUUAAUGAAAGUGAAGUCUCCUUAGCGUCUCUGCUCGGUUCAUUGCUUAGCCAUCCUGAGCCUGAGCAAUGCUUUAUUGCCCUUAAGAAUUUGGGAAGACUCGUUGGUCAAGAAGCGGAUGAUGGGAAGCUAUUUUUAUCUUCUAAAUCUCUGUUGGACUCUGAUAUUCCCACUUCUGAUUCUAUUCUUUCAGCAUUGGUCAGAAGUACAUGGGAUCAAGUGGCUCUGCUCGCAUCAUCUGAUAUGUCACAAUUGUUAAGGACUCGGGCAUUGGCACUUCUUAUUGACUUUGUUCCGUUUGCUGAACAGAGGCAGUUGCAAUCUUUUCUCGUGUCAGCUGAUUGCGUCCUUCCCUGGUUCGGAAAAUUUGCACAUCCUAUGUCUGAAGGGCUGUUGGCAAGACUUUCAUUAGGUCUCCUUGCUUGCAUUUGUCUUUACGCCCCAGCGGAAUAUAUUUCUCUUAUACCGGAAAAUAUUUGGACAGUUAUUGAAACUUUUGGAACAUUGAAUACAGAAGCUGAGCUCAAGAUUCCAGAGAGGAAAGUGUGCCAAGCAUUAUGCAGACUGAAAUCUGAAGGGGAUGAUGUUAAAGAGGUGUUGAAAGAAGUUCUAUGUUCAAAUUCUGCAAAAGAACCAAAUGAAGAAUUUGGGAGUACGCGUGAAUCAAUUCUUCAGGUCCUGGGAAACUUAACUUCUGUGCAAUCAUACUUUGAUUUAUUCUCUAAAAGAUCUGAUGAAAAAGCUUUGGAACUAGAGGAAGCGGAAAUGGAAUUGGAUCUUCUCCAGACAGAUCAGGAAGUACAACACGAAUCUCCUAUUGGGAUCAAAGAGUUGAAAAGACUUCCUAUUUUCGCCUCUUAUGUGAAGGACAGUGAUCGUCUCCAGAAAAUAAAAGAUGAAAUUCACUCCAUAGAGAAGAGUAAACUAAGAGAAGAGAUAUCAGCUCGAAGACAGAACAAGAUACUUGCAAGAAGUGCUCGUCAAAAGUACUUGGAGGAGAUGGCUCUUCGAGAAACAGAUCUCCUUCAGGAAUUGGAUAGGGAAAGGGCAGCUGAGACCGAAAAGGACAUUGAGAGACAGCAUUUGCUGGAACUUGAGCGAGCUAAAACAAGAGAGCUUCGUCACAAUCUUGAGAUUGAGAAAGAAAAGCAAGCACAGAGAGAUCUUCAACGAGAGCUAGAACAAGUAGAAACUGGACUUCGACCAUCGACAAGGCGAGAUUUUUCCAACUCCUCUCACAGCGGGCGAAAUCGAGACAGGUUCCGCGAAAGGGAGAACGUAGGAAGAGGUAGUAAUAGUAGUACUACUAUUGAACCAAACAUAAGAACAACUCAAAACGAACCUAUUAACCGAACAUUAUCCUCCACUCAACUUCCCACCACCAUUCUUCAAUCAAGAGAUCAUCGUUCCGACGAAUGUGGAAGCAGUUAUGAAGAAAACUUUGAAGGAGACACCGGUAGCAUUGGAGACGGUGAUCUUGAUGGACAGUUAAUCGGAAUGGGCGGUGGGACUCAAAGAAACUCAUCGAGAGGUGGAAAGUCGAGACAGGUGCCAAGGGGCGAUCGAGAAGGUGGGAGGCGAGAGGGGGGAAAUGGGAAGUGGGAAAAGAAACAUUGAUUGGAUUAUGAGUUUUGUAUUAAUGAUAGGAAGAUUAAGUAAUGUUUUAGACAUAAUCAAAAACAAGAUUUAAUGAGGCUCUUGUCUAUACUCCCUGUAUCCUUAAAAACUAGUUUU